AUGACGAACGAAGGCCUUGCACCUUUUCAUUGGAAUCGAAGGAGAUUGCUUCGGAAACAGAGUCACUAUGAAUCUUCCAGUAAAGCCAAUCGACAGCUGGUCGUCGUCUUCUGACUCUCUUUGCUCGAGGAGGGGCUCAAAUUCAUAUUAACUUCCGAGCAGCAAUUGCCCGUAACUCAUGGCCGUGGUCGCGCGAGCAUCCCCAUUCCAGCCUAUACUUCUUCUUCUCUUCUUCUUCCUGGCGCCAGCCCGACCAACACAUCUCGCGCCAUCGCCACUUUAGCCGCCACUCCAUCCCCGUCGCUGCCAUCUUCCACAUCGCCAUCUUCAGUUAUUGCAACUGAGACUGUCCGACGGGCCAACCAGCCUCAACAACCCAAGCCUUCGUCAGCCACGAAAAUUGCUGAACUCUUCGGCCAAUCGGACUCAUUCGGUUCAGUGAACCAGACCAGACUGAAGCGCUGCUUCUCCACCCCUCUGGCCCCUCGGACUCUCGCCUCCUCAGUUGCUUCCUCGUCAAAAGAUAAUGCUUCUACGGUGGCAGAAGAGACGGCAGCGCCAGUUCUGUCCAAG